AUGGACGCCGAAAAACUACCCACACCUCUGUCAGGCUCAGAGAACCCUAGUCUCAAGUCGCAACGAGACCUUGACACAACUUCUCAGAAGUCAGGGACUCUUAUCGAAACCAACAGUUUCAAAAAGCUCCGACGAAACACAACACUAGCCAUUUCCGGACAGCUGCAAAUGUUCUACGUGGCCCAUCUGGUUGCACGUGACGUUAUUGGGCCUGCUCAGGGAGGAAAGCUUCAGGAGUUCAACCACCUGUCCGAUACCCAAUUUGAGUGGACUGAGGCUGCCCUGUACUUUCCCUAUGCAACUUUGGCAGUUCCUCUGGCAUUUUUGUUUCUCAGAGUCUCGCCUAGAGUGUUUAUUGGUGUUGAAAUGUUCUGUUGGGGUCUGUGCAUUGUUCUUCUGGGUCUCUGUACCAAUUAUGCAGGGCUGAUUUGUGAUAGAGCAGUAAUGGGAGCAUGUAUGAGCUUUGCUCUGCCUGCUCUUCUCCACAUGAUUUAUGAACACCAUGGCCGAUACGAGGCUCACUUUGUGGUCGGUUGUGUCUGGGGUGGAAGUUGGUUCAUGGUCCCCCUGUUCACUAUGCUGGCCAUCGCGAUUCGUCUCAUCAAUGCAGGCAAACCCGGAUGGUCUUGGGACUUUUUUAUAGCCGGCCUAUGUUCAGUAGUGUUUGCUCCGGUGGUCUGGUACAUGCUCCCUGAGAACUUUUACUCUCCAAAAUGGAUAUCGAAGUACGGAGAGCAGGCAUUCAACGUCUUCAAGACACUUACUGAAGAAGAUUACGGAGGAGGAAACCCAAUUGAACCGACCGAGACACCUCUAGAAGGUCUGAUUUCCGCUGCAAAAGAUCCCUUGGUUUGGUUUAUCUCCAUCCUUGGCUUCUUUACAUACUCCUGUUUGGUGUCAUGCUAUGCACAGGUUCAAAGUGCGACUUUUGAAGAGUUGGAGUAUACCGCAGCCUUGGGACAGUUGAUCAUAUGGACUAUUCUCGUGUUUGGUGUCAUUUGGUCAAGUUUUCAGGGGUAUUUGGUUGCCCAGAAAAAAGUUUUGUCCCCGUUUCUGCUCAUGAAUUAUCUCUUCUGCAUCAUUGGAUGGGCACUUAUUCUGUGCAAGCCUUCAGAACACAACUGGUGGAUCAAAUUCGGAGGGGGCUGGUUCACGAUUCCUAAUGCAACUGCUGCCUUUGCUUCUCUUUGUGGAUGGCUGGGGAGUAAUGUUCAGGGCAGAAACAAGCGACUCAUGUCCUUCGCCAUUUUCUCGUCUGUGAGCUGCUGGUAUGGAGUACUGGUCCUGAGAGUCUUCACCUCAACAGAUGGUCCACUCUUCAAACGGGGAUGUUGGAUCAACAUGGGGUUCAUGAUCGCUUCGGUAUUUGGUACUCUGGGUAUUGUCUUCUUUCUGAAACGACGACGCAUCAGUGGAACAAAUCAUGCGACCAUCAGUGAGACCCAGAAGGAGUUUGUGUAUAUGCUGUAA